CUACACUCAACUUUACUUAGGUUAUGUUUAUGUCAAACGUAAUAACUCACGUGUGUUUUUGUUGAAAUCAAUUUUAAAAUAAAUAAUAAAAAUGGUUCGAAAGAAAAUUGAUAAUCGAAUUCGUGUGUUAAUUGAAAAUGGUGUUACUUUGGGACAUCGUACUAUGUUUGUUGUUGUUGGCGAUAAAGGACGAGAUCAAGUAGUAAUUUUACACCACAUGCUAUCAAAAUCAACCGUAAAAACACGCCCUUCAGUUCUAUGGUGUUACAGCAAAGAAUUAGGUUUCAGUAGCCAUCGUAAGAAACGAAUGAAACACAUACAAAAAAAGCUUCAAGCCGGUAAACUGAGUGUCAAUGAAGAUGAUCCAUUCGAAUUAUUCGUCUCUUCAACAAAUAUUCGAUACUGUUAUUAUUCUGAAACGCAUAAAAUCCUUGGUAAAACCUAUGGUAUGUGUGUUCUACAAGACUUCGAAGCAUUAACACCAAAUUUAUUAGCAAGAACAAUUGAAACCGUUGAAGGCGGUGGUGUAAUAGUAAUUUUGUUACGUACAAUGUCAUCUUUAAAACAACUAUACACGAUGAACAUGGAUGUUCAUAAACGAUUUCGAACAGAAGCACAUCGCGAUGUAGUUUGCCGUUUUAACGAGCGUUUUCUUUUAUCUUUAACAUCUUCGAAACGAUGUUUAGUAGUAGAUGAUUCGUUAAAUGUUCUACCAAUAUCAUCUCACAAUUUAGCCGUGGAACCUGUUUCGAAGUCUACCGAACAAUCCGACAAUGAUUUACAACUAGAAGAUUUAAAAAUUAACCUUCGAGAUACUCAACCUGCCGGGUCAUUAGUUGAAUGUUGUAAAACAUUAGAUCAAGCAAAAGCUUUGUUAAAAUUUAUAGAAGCGAUUUCAGAGAAAACUUUGCGAUCAACUGUAUCGUUAACAGCGUCGAGAGGACGAGGAAAGUCAGCGGCGUUAGGUUUAGCUAUUGCAGCAGCUGUCGGAUGUGGAUAUAGUAACAUAUUUGUAACAAGUCCAAGUCCAGAAAAUUUAAACACAUUUUUUGAAUUUGUGUUCAAAGGAUUCGAUGCGUUAAAUUAUCAAGAACAUUUAGAUUACGAUUUGGUGGAAUCAACAAAUCCAGAAUUCAAUAAAGCAAUUGUACGUGUGAAUAUAUUCCAUGACCAUCGACAAACUAUUCAAUAUAUUCAUCCAACAGAUGCUCAUCGCUUAAGUCAAGCGGAACUGUUGGUUAUUGAUGAAGCUGCAGCAAUUCCUUUGCCAUAUGUUAAAGCUAUGUUAGGUCCGUAUUUGGUGUUUUUAGCAUCUACAAUAAAUGGUUAUGAAGGGACCGGUAGAUCGUUGUCUUUGAAACUUCUUCAGCAGCUUCGCACUCAAACUUCACCGUUGGGUAUUACAAAUAUGGAAUCUGCACAGAAAAAAUCAAUGGCUGCAACAUCCGGUAGAAUUUUGCAUGAAAUUACUUUGGAAGAAUCAAUUCGUUACAAACCUGGAGAUGAUAUCGAAAAAUGGUUAACACAAUUAUUGUGUUUAGACGCUAACACUGUAUCACCAAUAUUAUCAGGAUGUCCUCCUCCCGAUUCUUGUGAUUUAUAUUACGUCAAUCGAGAUACACUCUUCUGUUAUCAUAAACAUUCCGAAGCAUUUUUGCAAAGAAUUGUUUCACUUUAUGUUGCAUCCCAUUAUAAGAACAGUCCAAAUGAUUUACAAAUGCUAUCAGAUGCUCCAGCCCAUCAUAUAUUUUGUUUAUUGGGACCUGUUGAUCCAAAUCGUAAAUCAUUACCAGAAGUAUUAGUUGUAAUACAAAUAUGUCUUGAAGGACAAAUAAGUAAAUCAUCAAUAAAUGAUAGCAUGGCACGUGGAAAACGACCUUCUGGUGAUUUAAUACCAUGGACAAUUGCACAACAAUACCAAGAUCCAGAUUUUCCAAUGUUAUCCGGUGCUAGAAUUGUUCGAAUAGCUACUCAUCCUGAUUAUCAAAGUAUGGGCUACGGUAAUCGUGCAAUAGAACUUUUGAAAGCAUAUUUUGAAUAUAAAAUACCAAAUAUUGAUGAAGACUUAAAUGUCCCAGACGAAAUAGAAAAUGUAUCGGAUUCUGAAGUUGGUUUACUAGAAGAAGAAAUUAAACCACGUAAAGCGUUACCACCUUUAUUAUUGAAGUUAAGUGAAAGGACACCAGAAAAAUUAGAUUAUAUCGGUGUAUCGUUUGGUUUGACACAACCACUAUUAAAAUUUUGGAAGAAAGUUGGUUUUGUUCCAAUUUACUUACGGCAAACAACAAAUGAUUUAACUGGUGAACAUUCAUGUAUUAUGGUACGACUUAUUAAUCAAGAAGAUUCAAAGGAGACAUCUUGGUUGAAUGGAUUUUGGAAAGAUUUUCGACGACGAUUUAUAUCUCUAUUAUCGUACCAAUUUAGAACAUUUGCUCCUGGUCUUGCCAUGGGUAUUCUUGUUAAUAAAUCUCUUACUCUAGAAAAUUCAAGUAUGACCCAGCAAGAGUUAGAUGUGUAUAUGACGAAAUAUGAUAUCAAACGAUUGGAAAUGUAUAGUAAAAAUUUGGUUGAUUAUCAUUUAAUUAUGGAUUUAUUACCAACUUUAGGACGCAUUUAUUAUUUGAAUCAAAUGGGAGAUGUACAUAUGUCUGCAUUAGAAUCGGCAAUUUUAUUAGGAUUAGGUUUACAACAUAAGACAGUAGAGGAUUUAUCAACCGAAUUAGGAAUACCUUCUACACAAUUAUUAGGCACAUUCAAUAAAAUAGUUAGAAGAUGUGUACAAUUUUUAAAUAAUAUUAUGGAACAGACAAUCGAACGAACGUUAAUCAAUCCACAUAAUACACGUCAUGAUGAAACUUUAGACAAAAUGAUGCCAGUACGACAAAGUAUGGCAGAGGAAUUAGAAGAAGCUGCUAAAGAAUUACAAAUUAAACAGAAAAAACAAUUAGAUAAAUUAAAAAAAGAAAAUUUAUCUCAAUUCAAAAUUAAAGGUUCAGAAGAUGAAUGGAACAAAGUAUUGACAAAAGGUGGAAAAGGAAUUAUAUCUAUUAAAAGUGAAACAGAUUUAACUGAAGGCUUAUCAACUGUUCACAUACAUGAUGAAAAAUCGGAGAAAAACGAUUAAAUGAAACGGCCAAUGGUGAUGAUGUUGAUUUUGAAGAAUCACCAAAAAAGAAGAAAAAAAUGAAAUCAAAAAAGAAAUUCAAAAAUAAUUAAUCCUUGUAUAUAAUUUUUUAAAUAAUAAACUUUC